AUGGUCAGUCUCUUCUACACGAAUGAACGAGAAGAUUUGAUGACUGAUGUCGCCAACGCGCAGACGUCCAUGCUCGCUGCGUUCACCGCCUACAAGUCGGCGAUGGCAGAGUGUAUCGCCGGUGUCGACGAGAUCAUGUCCAAUGCUGCCAACCAGUUGCCGCGGGCCGAAGACCACGAUGUCCGCAUUGGAGCGGGUAACAGCCCCGAGGGUGAAGCUGAAGCUCCUCUCCACCUGGAGGGCGACAAAAACGCCGAAGCCGACAGCACCGAGGCCGUCAAGCGAAAUGCUCACCGCGACGAGAUAAUCGAGAAGCCGCUGGAACCGGACGUGGCCAAGGAAGGAGAGCUGCGCGAGGACCAAGGUGCUAGGUCGCCAGAGGGCCUCUUCAACACCCACUUGGCUGCCAAAACGAUCGCCAUCGACGAGGCCGACGAGGUCGAGCCUACCGACCCGCCCAAGACUGAAACCGCGCCCUCACCCACCGGCACCGAGGAGCGCCAGCCCGAAGACUUCAACGCGUCCGACGAUUCUGGGGAACAAGACGACCAACUGGAGCCGCUCACCGAACGGCGAUUUGAUGACGACAGGCGCCGGAAAUACGCCUUCAAGAUCUCCGGAGGUGACUACUGCGGACUCAACGUGGUCUUGUUGUCCCCAUCAAGUCUCGGAAACGGCGCGAAAAUUCGCCUUGUAGCUUCCGGAAAAACGCUCACCUGGCCCACUCAUCGGUGCCAAUUCGGUCCACUACCCCUCUAUUCCCAUCUA